UGUUCAUCUUCAUGCAAAAUGAAAUGUUCUGAAAAAUUUGAUACAGACAUUCGUAAAAACAUUAUUAAUAAAUUUGGGAACUUGCCGUUCAUACCAGACAAUGGGAAUUUAUCAAUGACUUCACAGAAAAAAUAAUAAAAAAAAUAUUCACAACACAGGGACCAUCUAGAAGACAAUUCACGACUAAGUAUUUUUUACCAAUACCAGCAGAUAAUACAUUAAUUACUCGACAACAGGUUUGUCUUAAAACAUUUACACUCUCACCGCCAUGUGGUACGCGGUACGCCGGACGCCGGCCGCACACGUAAAUUGUAGUGCAGCAAGCUAUUACUCAUUUUUUUAUUUGUUGCGGCAGGCCAUGUGGGCGGCCGGCGCACCAAAAAUUUUGCGCUAAAACCAUCGAGAUAUAAGUACUAACGUACUAGAGAAGACACCGUAAAUUCCUACUUUGUCUCGUUCAACUGCGGCGAUCGCGCCGCACCGUCGCCGCACGUCAGUCAGUUGCUCUCUUGCUCUUUCACGCCUAAUACUUCCGACAAUAAUUUAUUUAAUUCACAGAAAAAAUCGUCGAAAAAUGCCUUGGUGUGUGUUGAGAUAUCGUACUAAUAAUUCAAGGAACACGGCAAAGUGCAAAGGAAUAACUUUUCAUCGGUAAGUAAACUAAUUUCCUUGUUUUUCAAAUUAAAUAAUUAAAGAUAUUCUAUCUCACGAAGUCCGUUUCGUUAUGAAUGUUGUCAGGCGUGCAUGUAUAUAAACGCUUUAGUGUGCGUAAGCGCGGGAGCGCUCAGUCACGAUCGCAACGCGGUCGAUGUCACUCGUGUUUUGAGUUCGCGCCAAAUUGUUUCACGGAGUAGCGUCAGCAUGGAAACUAAACGUCGGAAAGUUGUUCAUAGUGAGGGUCGGAGCAUGAUAGCUAGUGUUUAUCAUUUCCUGCGACAGGAGUAUGAAUUUACAAAAACAUAUAUGGAACCUAACUGUGAUUUGUCUCAUUUACGAGAUAUCACGCGGCGUACAGCAGAAGCUACAGGUGUGUCUACAAAAACUUUCCAACGAAUAUUAAAAGAAGAGAAGGAAUUGCCAUCCACAUCAUCAACAUUCACCUCUCCUAUGAAGAAAAGAAGAAAGCGAGAAAAUAAGAUAGAAAUAGACAAUUCUACAGCCGAUGUUGUUCGAAGUACUAUACAAAAUUUCCAUAUCGUCCAUAAAGAAAUUCCAACAUUAUCUAAAAUUAAAAAAGUAUUACAUGAAAAAAUUGGAUUUGCAGGUUGUUUAGAAACUGUUCGCAAGUUAUUACUAAAGUUAGGUUAUAAGUGGCGUAAAACAGAUAACAACCGAAAAGUUUUGACAGAGCGUCAUGACAUACAAAUGUGGCGUUAUAAAUAUCUAAAAAAUAUUUCUGAAUAUCGCACUCAAGGUCGACCAAUUGUCUACACUGAUGAGAGUUAUGUUCUUUCGACACACGUGCGAAACAAUACUUGGGCACGUAAAGAAGAAACCACGCCAUUUUUAAAAAAAAUUUGCACAGGUACUCGCUUCAUAUUAGUGCACGCGGGAACAAAGGACGGAUUUAUUGAAAAUGCUGCUUUGGUUUAUAAGGCUAACUCAACAGCUGGCGACUAUCAUUCAAAUAUGAGCUAUGAUAAUUAUGUUAAAUGGCUAAAUGAGAAGCUAUUAAAACCUAUUAAAAGCUAACCUAACCCAACCUACCUCCUCGCUCUGUCAUUGUGUUAGACAAUGCUUCUUAUCACAAUACACGAGCCGAAAAAUUA